AUGGAUCCGGUGGCGGCGGCAGCGGCGCAUGGAGGGGGGCACCACUUCGCGCCGCCGGUGCCGUUCCACCCGUUCCACGGCCACUUCCCCGGGCAGCAGCAGCAGCAACAGCAGCAGCAUCCGGCGUUCCAGCAUUUCCAGGACCACCAGCACCAGCUGCUCAGCGGGAUGAUGGCCAAGCAGGAGCUCGUGGACGAGAGCAACGCCACCACCAUCAACAGCGGCGGGAGCAACAACGGCAGCGGCGGGGAGGGCGACCACAUCGGAGGAUCCGUCCAGCAGCAGCACCAGCACCUGGGCGGCGAGGAGGGGCAGCAGCAGCAGGCGCUGGCGGUGAUGCGGCGGCCCAGGGGACGCCCCGCGGGGUCCAAGAACAAGCCCAAGCCGCCCAUCAUCAUCACGCGGGACAGCGCGUCCGCGCUGCGCGCCCACGUCCUGGAGGUCGCCGCCGGCUGCGACGUCGUCGACUGCGUCGCGGCCUUCGCGCGCCGCCGCCAGGUCGGCGUCUGCGUCCUCAGCGGCACCGGCGCCGUCGCCAACGUCUCCGUCCGCCAGCCCGGCGGCACCGUCGCCAGCCUCGCCGGCACCUUCGACAUCCUCUCCCUCUCCGGCUCCUUCCUCCCUCCGCCGGCGCCUCCUUCCGCCACGGGGCUCACCGUCUACGUCUCCGGGGGCCAGGGCCAGGUCGUGGGCGGCUCUGUCGCCGGUGCGCUCGUGGCCGCCGGGCCCGUCAUCAUCAUGGCCGCCUCCUUCGGGAACGCCUCCUACGAGCGUCUCCCGCUCGACGACGACGAGCCGGCCCCGCAGGGACUUGUGCCGGCGCAUUCCUCCCCGCCGCCACUCUCAUUGCCGGCACACCACCAGCAGCAGCACACGUCGUCUCUGGCGCAGGUGCCCGACCACAACCUCCCCCACAACCUCAUGAACGGCCUCCAGCUCCCCGGCGACGCCUACGGCUGGACAUCCCCCGGCGGCGGCAGCGGUCGCGUUGCCCCCUACUGA